AUGUCAAGGCCCAACCAGAUAGUCACCCAAUUUCCCGCAUUGGAUCAUGAGCCUCGUGGGCAGGGGCCACCGCCUUCCUAUCGAAAUUCUGCAGCAACUGAGGAUUCUUGGAGCACAAUGUCCGGAAGUGGGCCUAAUCAGGCCAUGUCUGGUCAGCGUAGAAACAGUUGGAACAAUUUGGUUCAAGUCGGUGGAGAUCCUAUUGUUCAGAAGCAACCGCCUCCUCGUCCAGCUGCUCCAAUGUCGACAACAUUUUCUGUAAACUCCCGAACUUCUUCACUUAUGGGACUACAGCAGCCGACUGUAUUCAGUACACAAUUUUCGGAAAUAGAAUCAGUUCAUACGCGUGUUCAGUCGGUUCGCUACAUUGAUGAAAAUGGUGAGGAUAGUGGUAGAAGCACGAGUCGGGAUACUGUAACGGAGGCUCAAGGACAAGCACUUCCAGCACAAAAAGUAUACUCGAAUGAUCCAAGACUUGUCUCGAUUCCAAGACCUGCUGGAACAAUUCCAAGUCUUGGAAGUAUGCCACCUUCAAGAUCUGGUUCUAUAAUAACUGGACCCAAUCCAUCACCACCUUCAAGUCAGAAAAGGAAAAACAAGAAUAAAGAAUCAAAAUCAAGUUUGAAUAAGCCAAAACGGAAUAGGCUACAGGAAUUGAAAAAUUUUUGUAAGAAGCCAUCAAUUAUGGGUUGCUGUCUCUGUCUUCUCCUAAUUUUGAUAAUUGCUAUCAUUAUUAUUAUUAUUCUUACUCAAGUACUUCCAUCUCCAAAGAACGCAACUUUCACCUGGAUGGCUCCACAAUCAUUGACCAACGGUCAGAACUCUUCGUCAAGAAUUGAAAUGACAUCUAAAAAAGAACGAAUUCGAUUCCAAACUGCUGGAUCCCCACCGAUUAAAGGAAAUUAUAUUAAUUACUACGAUUUCAACUCGAACCAAGUGGUCGUAAUUGAUCAAUCUCUGAGUGCAAACGGAAAAAAUCUGUACUGCUUUGUCCUUCCACUUGACAGAUCGUCUAUGCCAAAUCCUGGAGAUGUUCGGAAAGCAGCAAAGAAUUCUGUUUUGAAACAUCAACAAAGUGAUGGUUGGCAACAAGUUUGGUCUUGGCUUCCCUCGCCCCUUCAACAAACAAAUUCAGGUCAAAGUAUGUUCAAUCCUCCAAUUCCUGAAUGCAAUGGAUCCCGAAUUAUUCAGCUUCAGCAGACAUCUGACCAAAGAAACCGCCGAUGCACUGAUUGCUAUGAUUUCUGCCUUCCCCAAUUUGGUAUCAUGAAAAAUGCGUCAGAAAACAAUGAAGAAUAUCUUAAUAUCAAGCAACAAGAUUGCUUCUAUCUCUUUGUUCCAGAGUGGAGAACAUAUGCUCAAGCUAACACUAUUGAACAGAAUCAGCAAGAUUUUGAAAAUUAUUAUCGAAAUCGACAACAUAUGCAGGUUUCGUAUGGAAGUAAUGGACCAAAUGACAGUAGAUGGAUUCCAUUAAGUGGAAUGCCUAAUCGAAUGAUGAAUGCAACUGGAGCAUUUGUUGGACAAGUUGGAAAUGCAAUUGGAGAUUUAAGAAACAAUGUUUAUGGAAUGGUAACUGGACAGAAUCAAAAUCCACAGGGAGCUCAACAACAACAGCAAUAUGGAAAUGGAAAUGGACAGUCACCAUUCCAAAAUACUCAGUAUCCAAAUCAAAAUCAAAAUCCAUCAGUUGCUCAAAUGCAACAGCUUCAACAACAAAAUAUUCAACACCAAAUGCAACAAUCUCGACAACCAUCAGGUUAUCAUCCAGCUGUAAAUGGAGUUGUAAACCUGAAUGGAGUCAAUGGAAAUAAUGGAAAUACCGAGUAUAAUGUUCAACCAUAUCAGGGAACUGGAAAUCAGCAAACACAAAAUGGACAAUCGAUUUCUCCAGAGAUGAGGAGACAGGCGCCAUACAGCUUCAACUCAAAUAUCAACAGUGGUUACACUAACCAACAACCGGGAGUUUCAUCUGGAAAUUCCAACACAAAUUCAAACAAUAUGAACGGAUUCGGUGCACAACCAAGUUAUAGAACUUCUCAGUUCGGAUUCAAUAACAACGAUCCAAGAAACCAAGUUGGUGGGUUGAAUGGAAAUGGUCUUGGUAACAGUGUUAAUAGUGAACAUCAGAUAUCAGUUAGUGCACAUACAAAUGCACCGAGAAUCGGAACUGUUCUAAACGAGUUUGGAAAUCCCGUAAAUGUUAAUCCAUCCCAGUCCUCUCAACAAAACCUUCAGCAACAACAGUUGAUGAAUCAGAUGAAUCAACAAAUUCCUCAAUAUGCUGGACCAGUUGUCAACCCAAAUUAUAUUUCAACUUCUGGAGGGCUGGCACUAGAAAACCGAGACGCUGAUGGUUUCUCGCAUCGACUUCAGCAAUUAAUGGGGACUUCAUCCAAUUACCGCCCAGAUGUUGAACCAGUCAACUACAAUGUUCCAACAUACAGUCAACCGAACCGACCAGAUGCAUUAUCCCGCCAAGGACGUAUCUUUAAAAGACUCCUCCUAGACACCGUAUAGUUGGUGCUGAAAACGUAUAGCUGAAUCCAAUGCUAGUCAGAUAACCGUUUGUACAAAAAUCAGAAGACCAAAUCAUUAUUAUCUCUCAUUCUUUCAUUCAUUUUACUUAAAUACGCAAUCUGUUUUUCAAUUGUUCAUUCUGUGAUAUGAUUAUUUUAAUAUUAAUUAUUCCCUAAGUUAUUCUCUUCUUUUUUUAUAUGAUUCCUUACUAAAAAUUUUAAAUAAAAAUU